ACAUUUUCAACGGAGAAAGAAUAGGGAGUACUCAUGCGCUUUUGUUGCUACCAUUUUUCCCCACAAAUUUAUCAUAUCUUAGAAUUCAGCAUACAUGUAAAACUUGUUUUAAUACAGAAUAAAGGAGCACGGUCAGACGGGUCAGUGGAGAGGGCCAGAAAAUUAAUCAACUUUUUGGCCUGAUAACUUGUCCACAAAUUCAGUUCACUCCGAUCCGCGCGCCCUGCUCUAGCGCGUAAUGUAUGCAGCUGUAUACGGCCGGCGGACAGAGUACGGCCUGACAAAUGACUGAUUUUCUUAAAAUUUGUCAAAAAUGAGGACAAUAAUUCAACGAGUCACCAAAGCUAGUGUCACUGUUGGUGAUGAAUUGAUAAGUAGCAUCGGGAGAGGGCUCUGUAUUCUUGUUGGAAUAUCAAAAGAUGACACUCCUAAAGAAAGAGAAUACAUAGUCAGGAAGAUUUUAAACCUGAGAUUGUUUGAUGAUGAAAAUGACAAAAGAUGGGCAAAGAGUGUCAGAGACAAACAACUGGAAAUCCUGUGUGUGAGUCAGUUUACACUAUACUCUAUACUGAAGGGUAAUAAACCAGAUUUUCAUCAGGCAAUGCCAGGUGAUCAGUCACAAAUAUACUACAAUGAAUUUCUUGAUAUGUUGAGAGAGGAUUAUCACCCUGAUAAGAUUAAAGAUGGUCGAUUUGGAGCACACAUGCAAGUUCAUAUACAAAACGAUGGACCUGUCACCAUACAGCUAGACUCACCACCAGACUCUGGCAUGAGCACGGGUCAGGAGUCUGCAGGCAAUGCCGACCUGUUGAGGCACUCCAGACAGGAUUUGGUUAACCUCAAGCGAAAGUAUACGGAAUUGCCAGCCAACACUGCAGAGUUUGCACCAUCACACUCUAAAAAUGUUCAGUUGGAGAAUUCAGAUGGAUAUCUUGCCUGUUGUGUAUGCAGCAGUGGCCUCUCUCACGUGGAUGGACGACAUUUGACAGGUACCCUGUGCAGGGGCUGUGGCCGUGGGCUUCAUCAAAAAUGUGCUAUGCUUCAUCAGUGUGAGCUCAGUGCUGAUACACAUGGAAUCACUAACAACACCAAGAAUAAUGAUGUAAACAACAUCAUGAUACAUUCUCCCGCUAGAGUAUGCAUUGAAUGUCAUCAAGGUGGCGGUCAGAUGUCUUUGUGUGUUGGGUGUGACCAUAAUCUCCAUGAGAUGUGUCGGGCCGACCAUGACUGCGCUGCCCUUACUCAAACCAAACACCCCACACUCAGUCAGCUUUUACACAAGAAGUAUUCCAAAUAUGGACACCGUCCAAAGCCGCCACAGGCACUGCUGCCCAAGAAAUCAUUCCGAUUGGAGAGGUACAAAUUGCAGAAGGAUUGCUGUGUGUGUUCCAAUAGAGGUGCUGGCGGUGAUCGUGUCAGGCGUAGAUCACAAACAGUGUGUUACUACUGUAAAAGAGGGUUGCAUUGGCAGUGCAGAUUUAAUCACAAUUGCGAGCUCAUGUCGAUAGAGCCAGUUCAGUCCACUGCUGGGGGUAGUAAUGUGGUGCUUUUGACAGGGGGUAGCAGAAAAAGAAGAGAUUGUGUUGUCUGCUCAGUACGAAGAUUGGGUCAGCGACACAGGUCCAGGACUAUAUGCAAGUUUUGCAAAAAAGGCCUUCAUCGAAAAUGUGAGCAUAGACACUUGUGUCCCUGGAUCAAAACAGGAGAAGAAGUACCUGAAAAGGAACCCCGCACCUUUGAAGGCAGCCACCAAAAGAGGAGAAAGACAGAUUCUGAUUCUGAAAACACAUUAGAUCACAGAAGUAGUCAAGUGCUUAUAUCAAAUGAUACACCUAUGUAUAGUCGGAACAAGACCACCUCCAAUGCAACUCAUCAACUCAAUGCUCCCACACAGCUCAACUCUCACAUGCAACUCAACUUUCAUAUUCAACUCAAUCCUCACACACAACUCAAUCCUCACACACAACUCAAUCCUCACACACAAGUCAAUCCUCACACACAGCUCAAUUCUCCUACGCAACUCAACUCUCAUACACUACUCAACUCUCAUUCACAACUCAGUUCUCGAGCACAUCUCAGUUCUCAUACUCAACUUGGCUCUCAUACACAGCUCAACUCUCACACACAACUUAACUCUCACACACAACUCAAUUCGCACAUACAUCUCCAAACUCAAGAAGGUUUACUGUCACGACUACAGCUGAGGCCACACGAGACUAAAAAACAGACUCACCAGAAAGUCCAGAAUAUUCCUCCUGAGACAUCUAUCACCAGAGUGAAAGUAGAAAACAUUGAAUCUGAUUUCGAUGAAACCAACAUUCCUGAUUUAGACCCAACUCAAGGACAUAUCUCACAAGAGGAAGAUGUGGAAAGAAAGGAGGAAAUUGAUGAAAGAGAGGUAUUGCCCUCUCUUGUGAAGAUUCCAGGAAAUGGCAUUAGAGAUGGACGUAAGGACUGCAUUGUGUGCUCUAGUCGUGCCAGUUUUGGAAGACGCAAAAGGGCUUACACUAUGUGUAAUCUGUGUAAAAGAGGUUUACAUCAGAGAUGUCAACAGUACCAUACCUGUGGUCUUGGCAAACGACAUCAAAAGCAUGAUGUUCCGACCAAGAGAUCUCCUGUGAAGAAGACACCGGUGUAUACAUGGAUUAACAAGCCUGAUGGCGUGGCAGAAGAAGCCAGCCUACCGAAUGAAAGCUAUUCACAAGAACCUAAUCAAGAAGGAACACCAAUACUGGUGAAGUGUGUACCACAAACAUUGAUAGACUGCAAGGAGUGUGCCUACCAUGACGGAAACAAGAAGUUUACCCAUCUCAUGUGCAACAUCUGUAAAGAAGGUGUCCACAAGAAGUGCUUAUAUCGCCACAAGUGCCACAGAGAUAAGGAGAACACAGACUCCCACGAUUCUAGCAUGAACACGGGAACAUUUGUUGGAGAGAGACCAUUGGUGAUUAGGAUAGAGAGUCACGAGGUCAAAGAUGGGAGGAAAUCUUGCGAUGUAUGUUCCGGAAAGAUUCGGGACGGGAAGAGACACAGAUCAAGAACUCAGUGUGCAGUUUGCAGAAGAGGUUUACACUUUCGAUGCCUUUCCCAACACAUCUGUCCUGGAAUGAGCAUUGUACCUGAUGCAAUAUAUGGUAAUUUACCCAACGGCCCUAUGUCAAUGAGUGUUCCAAAUGACAGUGAGGUAGAUGAUGUGAUAGAGACAGGAUUCCAUGAACCUCAUCACCAGCAUCUUUUGACACCUUCUACAUCGAAUUUAAACUUUACUGAUGCUAAUUCUCCAAUUGGGAAAGAAGAGAGGAAUAAGGAUUCUAAACUCCUUAAAACAGGCCAAGACAAAUUCUGUUCGGUAUGCCCUUCUGGCCAGAAAACAAGGAUGGCUUGCCGUGUAUGUAAAGAAAGUGUUCAUCCUAGGUGUGAAUGGCGCCAUUUCUGCAAGGUCAAGGAGGCUUCCAAAAGCAGCACACUGGUAACAAGAGGUGGACGUUUCACUGGAGAGGUGGUUAAAAUCCUGAAGAGUGAUGUGAAGACAAAAAAGAAAGACUGUGCAGUGUGUUCCAAUCGGAAAGCUGGGAGGCGCAGUCGAUCCAGUACAAUGUGUCCUCAUUGUAAGAGAGGGUUGCAUAGGAUCUGUGCUCCUUCACACAUGUGUCCAAUGCUCCCUCCUUCUCAAGAGCUUCCUGAGAUGGACACUUCAAGUGAUCAAGGCCCAUUCGAAAAAAAUGAAGAAGAAAUAGAAGAAGAGGUUGAUGAUGAUGAUGAUGACAUGGGAUAUGUAGAGAUCAAUGAUGGUAUAACCCGUUACUGUUGCGUCUGUUCUACAUCAAGAAAGUCACGGAUCACCCGUACAGCAUGUUCAUCAUGUGAUCGAGGCCUCCAUCCACAGUGUGUUCUGCUACACAAUUGUCACAGUAUGGUCCCAAGGAGAAUGCAAGCUGUAGCAUUCCAGAAACCUGUGUGUGAGGACAAUGUCAUGCAAGAUGUAGAUAUAGUGCGCUCCACCACUUCUCUCAUGGAAGAAGUCGAGGCUUCUGAUCAUCCAAAAGAUGAAUAUGUAGAUCAAACAAGUGAAGUUCCUCAAACAUCUGGAGGAUUUGACACAGGGAUAACAUCUGUAAAGAUACUUGAUGAAAGAAGGGACAUGUCUGGUGAGAUAAAAAAAUACCUGCUAAUUACAGAGGACAGUUCAGACGAAAUCUCUGAGGAUGGAGAGGCGACAUCGGUUGAGAAUCCUGAUGUAGGGGAUGCAGAGGAGGUGGUGCAUGAAGUGACUGAGAGCAAAGACCAGAUAGAUGGUUUAAACAAAGAGUCUGCUGCAGAAGGUGAAAAUUCUCAGCAGCAGCAGCAACAUUCUGAGGCAUCGAACAACAUGGAACCACCUUCAGAAUGUUCAGAUUCACCAUACCCUGAUAUCCAGAGUGGCAGUUCUGAUACACAUCCCAUUGACAGGGUAGAUGAGCCAAUGGAUAGGAAUCAAGAUCUCCAUGAUGGCGAUACACCACACUCAGGAGAUGUUGUGCAUCCAGCCCUUGCACAUACAGGACUGAUUUUAGAAUGUAGUGAUAGUCAAGAUGAUAUUGAGAUUGGGUGUUUCAGCACCUUACAAGGCAAUCAUUUGCACACUGAUCAAUCUAAUCAAGAAUUGGAUGAUAUUGUAGCCCAAAUCAGGGAAGAGCUACACCAGGUGGUAGGAGUUCAAGAUCAAAUGCUUGACCUUAACCAGUUAGAGGGGGAAGUUCUUGCCAUUCAGCCAGAUUGCAUGUAGAGCACUCAACAGUAGCAUACACAGUUACCUAUUGUACCCUUCUUUUUUAACUCAAAAGUGCAUGGUUGACAAGUGAAAACUAAUUCGUGUAACUCAUGUAGACAAUUUUGAAAAUACAGUUGUGUGCUAUUUAUUAUUGAUAAAGAGGUGUGUACCUCAGACUUGCACCAUGUUUGUCAGAAUCAAUGGAAAUAUCAAGAUCACAGUAGUAUGAGAGCAGAGCAGGGGCCCCUAACACAAAGCUUAGCAAUGAUCGUAGAACAUUUUUCUACGAUUGAUUCCAUUUACUACAAUGUACAAUCAAGCGUACCAUUAAUUGCUAACUUUUGUGUUACGGGGCCCAGAUGUCAUUAUAUUCAUUACAUGUAUAUCCUUAUUAUGAUAGGUCACAGUGUUAUGUGCCAUAAUUGUCAAAAUGUGCAAUUAUUGACCAAUAUGUGAACUUGAUCAUGCAUCAAUUUCUAAUAAACAUAUAAGCCAGCUCAUGGGAAAGGUAUGGUGUAAGAUUUAUAGAAAAUGAUAUUGAGAUCGGGCUUUGAUGUUUAUGUGCCAUUGCCCUUGCCAUUCCAUAUUAGGAACUUCUGUAAUUUCUUGUUUUUUUUCUGGCACUAAGGCUCUACAUUUAGGGAUUAAUAGAGGUUCAAAAUUUUGCAACAACUAUUUUACUGCUAGUGUCAUACAUUUGAAAUUAUGUUUGGCACGGUUGCUAAUGUAGCCAAAUAAUAAUUAAAUUAGGGUAUUUGACUCGUGCAACAUAAGUUGUGCAAGUUAGACUAAGCAAAGAUGCACAUAUAUCAAUCGCUAAAAUUCAUAGUGCUUGCACUUUAAAUACUAGUAUGACAUUAUUCAUGUGUUUUGGACCUUACAGUGUAAAAUAGUAUUGUUUUAAUUUUAUCUUUCUCCUUUUUUUUUUACUUUGAUAUUUAUAAAGUGUACAUGUAAAUUUUGCACUAAAGGAUGUUUAUACAAUUUCAGUGAUAGAUGCUUGGUAGCCUUUGAGUGUAUUGUCUUGACAGUAUGUCACUGAUAUUAUUAUACUUUGUCACCUAUAACAUAUACGUUAUUUUAAUGGUGCUAUAUAAUUAUUCACAGAUUUUAUGGUUCAGUUUUGCCUUUCAAUGUAUUUCUUGUCUUAUAUGUUUAGUUCUUGUUAUGCUAUUACUUGGAAAUAUAUAGUAUACAUGAAUGGAUGUUGAUACCCCUGAAAUAGAUAUUUUUUCAUAUUCAGAAUACAUAAUAUAGUACCUCCUGUGUAUUAGUCUGUGAUACUUGAUUGCAAAGUAAUUUAAUCCCUAACCUUAGUAUAAUGUAUUUUUAAUUAUAUCUUGGCCCCCCACAAUCACAACUCUAUUUUUUCAUACAGUUUAUGUGCAAUAACAUGAUAAAGAAUCAUGUUGAUGAUGCUGACCUUGACUAGGUCAUCCUUAAAGAUACAUGUAAGUACUCUUGUGUGAUGUGAUAAAAACUUGGGGAAAUAUUCUGAAAUCCAUUAAAAAAUAUCUUUAAAAGACAUUUGUAUUCUGAGAUCAAUUUUUAUCUUUAAAAUAUGAAAUUUUAUCUGAGAUAAGUUUUUAUAUUGUGUGUCUAAUCAUGAUACGCAGCAGAGCAGUCCUGUGUAAACAUAUCCGUGGCGUAUCAGAUGCAUCAUACAGAUGACGUGCUUGCGCCCAUGUAUAUAAAAAGAAAAAAGAAGUUUAGAUAGGGAUGGGGUAGUUUACAUCUCUGAACAAGAUGAGAGUGUUAUUAAACAGCAUUUCUCAUUAGACAUUGCUAUUCAGACAUUAAAUGUAGAUAAAAUUGUUCUCAGAAUACCAAUUCAGAGAGAUUUUAAGCCGAAAUAGUAUUUUAUCUCACUGAUAUUAACAGAGAUAUAUUAUUAUCUGAGAUAAAAUGGAUCUCAGAAUACCACCCAUGAAGAACCUGUAAAGUAUUUCAUAAAUGUUAUUGAUAGAGAAACCUGCUUGAUUCAUAAACAGGCUUAGGGCCUCAUUUCUGUUCACUCGUAGUUCAUCUACAGAAAUUGUCUUCUGUUUUGAUUUGACCAACUCAUUAUAUCAUCAAAAGUUGUCAGUUUCCAAUCAAUCUCAUAAAUUGUGUUUGUUGGUAUUGUUGAUAAUUCACAUUGAUGAGAAUCAAUUAAAAUUAAAUCUUGAAACUCAUUAGAAAGAAAUUUUAUUUAUUAAUCAAAGUACAGAAUGCAAUGAAAAUGAUACAAACAGUGGCAGAUCCAGUGGGAGGGGGGGGCAUGGGAAUGCCCCCCCCCCCUUUUAGAGCUAUAUAUGCCUUUCUUACGCAAGUGUGCCCCCCCCCCUAUUUGAAAGUCACAGCAUAUAUUUUUAAUGGGAACAUGUCGUUCAUACACAAGUGAGGACCUUUUGUUUUCUUUUGCUUGUCAAAUUUUAAUGGGAUAAAAUGACCUUUAAUUUUAGGUGAAAUUUUUUUUAAUUUUAUUUGUAUUUUUUGCUUGUCAACAUUUACAUGGACAAAAUGACCUUCAAUUUUAGGUGAAAAUGUGCCCCCCCCCCCCUUUGGAAGAUCCUGGAUCUGCCCCUGGAUACAAAUUAUUUAUCAGAAAUAACUUGCCAAUAUUCAAAUGUUUUAAGAUACGGUGCCUGAAUAAAUGAGCAGACGCAAGUUUAGUUCCAAUGCACAGUUGAGGUAGAUAUGAUCAAAUUGCUUAACUCUUACAAAUGAAUUAUCUCUAGCUAUGGCUCAAAUGUUUGAAAAUUCUAACCUUGAAUUUGAUGGGCUGUUAAGAAAAGUUAUCUCUGCUGAUCCCUGUAUGCAAAGAAAUGUAAGAGUACUGAAAUUUAUAUGCCAGUUUGCUAUGUGAUAUCAAUAAGGGAGUUUAUAAUGUGUAUAUACCAGGGUGUCCCUAAGUAUAUUGAGACUCUUUAAUUAGCAACCUUUCUUUCAGAUAUCUGCAUGAAAUAUUAGAUUAAGAUCAAGUAAUUCCACAGAAUAUACAAAUUCCUCUGACUUGCCAAGCUUAUGUAAUGGCCCACUGAUCAGUUUCUUACAUUCUUCAUCUAAAUCUGUCUUGCGAUUGAUACAAUAAAUUUGCCACUCUGAGUUUGCCAGUU